CCUCAAUCUUCCUCUCCAUUUUUCUCUCAUCUACUCCAUCAUGAGAACAUCAUUUUCUAUAGUUCAAUAACUCUAUUCUUCUUCUUUUUUCUUCAAAGAAUCUCAUAAUUUAUACCUUUCCCCAUAUACCUCCCACCAACCACCAAGACACAAUGGCAACAACUACAGAAACCAACCUCAUAACCCUCCCCACCAAGCCCACUGCCCAACUAAGCUAUACCUUCCACCCCCCAUCUGGCCUAUCCUCCAACAAAACCCUCAUCGUCUUCCUCAACGGCCUCACAGCCCCCCAAACCUCCUGGAUCCCCAUCAUCCACCACCUCCAAUUCAACCACCCACACAAUCUCCCCGCCAUCCUCACCUACGACCGCUACGGCCAAGGACAGACUCUCUCCCGGGACCCAACCGACCAGAAUGCCACAGACCCAAGCCACGGGCACGACAUCCUCUCUGCCCUGGACGACCUCCACCAACUCAUCCAGCAGAUUGCCAGACUCCACCUCCAUAAAUCAACGGCCCCCUCAGAUCUGAACCUAAUCCUAGUAGGAAACUCCCUCGGCUGCGCUCUUGCUCGGCUCUAUGCCCAAACGUACCCGGGCACUGUCUCCGCCCUCCUCCUGCUCGACAGUAUCCUCGCCAACUCGGAUUUCGUGUCUGUAAUUCCGGAUCCUACUGCACCGGACUUUGUCCCGCCGCAGGGGGAGGAUGGCAUCUCCGCUCAAGAUUUGAUUAUGGCGCGUGCUAUUGCAGGAAAGGUCUUUCAUCCGUCUGUCGGAAGUAAGGAGGGCCUGUCGAGACGGAACCUGGCGGAGUUGUUGCCUAAGAGUGAUGGACCAAGGCUAAUGGGGCCUGAUGCUGGAAGGGGGCCUUGGGUCACGGUCAUUGGACAUGAUGGAAAGGCAUUUGCUGAGGAGAGUGUGAGAAUGACCGGGGGGAAGGUGUCUGGAAGGGUGUUUGAGGUGUAUGUCACGCCGUUUUGGGAGAGGUAUCAUCGGGGAUUAUUGGGUAUUACAGAUGAGGAGAGAGGGAGGGGACCACUUGUUGCUGAGGGGGCUGGACAUGUGGUGCAACUGGGAAAUCCGGGAUUUGUGGCAGAGGAGUUGAGGCAGUUAUUGGAUAAGGUUAUGGCAUGAUAGUUGAUUCUAGUUCAGAUGGGGUGGAUAGUUGAUGCCGGAUGGCCGCUUUUGUUCCUGUGGGAUUGUUUGCACUCAGGCGCUAGUACUCAGAAUCAAUGUAUUUCAUUUUAUUUGAUGUCAACUGCC